AUGGGAAGUCCAGAACCUUUUGAUCGAGUCCAAAUUCAACCCGCCAUCGAUGUGGCUUUGGAGACGGUGAAACGACGUGUGGAUACUGGUGCCUACUGGAACUUUAGCAUAUCGUACGAGUAUCGAUCAACUGGUGAGAUAUGCAGUCAGUCAAAUAUGAUCGCCCCAGCUAUCGCGUCGGAGUUGUACUAUCGCAACGAUGUCAGGGUGUUUUUCGGUCCUGGUUGUAGCCUCCAGUGCAUAAGUGUUGUUGACCUAGCCUCUCAGUGGAACACACCCGUAUUGUCUGGAGCCGCAGUCUCGGGAGUCUUGGAUGACAAGACUCACUAUCGCACGCUCACGCGCACGGCGUUUCGUACAGACGCGUUGGGGCGUUUCGCUGUGGCCUUGUUCCGUAAAUGGUCCUGGUCAAGAUGCUCAAUAGUGUGGUCUGAAGGGGAUCUGCUUGGCUUGUACAAGUUAACAGGUGAAAAUCUCAUGACUAGAUUCCAGAAGGCUGGUAUCGAUUACAUCAAGGUCAUUCACGAGACGGGUGCAUCAACACAAGACGUCUUGCUGUCUGCAACCGAACGUGCACGAAUCAUAAUUCUGUUGACACCCUUCGAUGUUCAGCGAGACAUCAUGGUGAUGGCCUACCGGGCUGGCUUCAUUAAUGGCCAGUACGCCUUUCUCUCCCUACAUUACAGCUUCGUUCCCGGUGACCCAUCCUGGAAACAAGUUACGCAUGUCUUCUUUCCUGAGGUUUUAAACCUGAAGAAUGGUAACGCAUCUUUUUCCCAGGGAGACGGGUUUGAAGAAGAAGCAAAACGCGCAUAUGAGGCACUGAUGACGUUUCGUCUUUUUGAACCAAGCAACAAGGAGCUCAAUGAGUUCGAAGCGGAGCUUGAACGCCGCCGACAGCGGGAUUUUAACUGGACCAGCCCACCGGGAGAACAGUACAACUUCUUCACCGGUACCUUUCAUGACGCCGUCAUCUUAUUUUCUCUUGCUGUAAACGAGACUUUGGGAGAGCAUGGGAACCUAUCUGAUGGCUAUUUGCUGACUAGAAAGAUGUGGAACAGGACGUUUGAUGGUAUCGCCGGGAAAGUGUCAUUGAAUGAGAAUGGUGAUCGUGAUUACGAUUUCUCUCUUUGGGACAUGACCGACACAGACAAUGGAAACUAUACGAUUGUGUGGAACUUUUAUGGGGCUACCGGAGAAUUGGAAUUUGUGGAUGACAUAGUUUGGCCGGGAGGGGCAACAGGUCCCCCAGCGGACACGCCUACAUGUGGCUUCGAUAAUGAGAACCCUGCCUGCCAACCAGAUGAUCCAACUGUUACUUUAACAGCAACCAUCAUUGUAGCCUGCUCUAUCCUUAUUGUGGGCAGCAUUGCUAUUCUAUUACUGUACAGAAAGUUGAAAUGGAAUGCGGAACUCAAGAGUAGAUCGUGGCAGAUCAAAUGGGAGGAAUUGACUCAGAACGAAUACGCCCAGGGACAACCGCACAGUUCUACGUUUUCAAUAGGAAGUUCCUCCAUGAAAACUGAGGAGGGGAAGCAGAUAUUCACUAAGACAUCGUAUUAUCAGGGACGAACUGUGGCCGUUAAAAUGCUGGCUAUCAAUCAUGUCGAUUUAAACAAAAAUCUUCUCAUCGAACUGAAACAGAUGCGCGAUUUAGAGCAUCCUAAUUUGGCGCGCUUUAUUGGGAUGUGUUUGGAUGUUCCCAAUGUUGCUAUCAUCAAUGAAUAUUGUUCAAAGGGAAGCCUCAUGGACAUUCUCCAGAAUGAGUCCAUCAAACUCGACUGGCUAUUCAAAUAUUCCCUCAUAAGCGACAUCAUUAAGGGUGUGCAAUACCUCCACCGAAGUGACUUCGCAGUACACGGUAGGCUUAACUCAUCCAACUGCCUUGUCGACGGCCGUUUUGUGCUCAAACUGGUUGAUUUUGGAUUGCAUACCUUCAGAGAGCGCGUAGUUAAAUCACAGAACAGCUGCCAUGCUGCGAUGACGAAGUCAUUCUGGGUAGCACCAGAGCUACUUCGAGAUCCUUCACGAGGUCCAACAAAAGAGGGCGAUAUUUACAGUGUUGGGAUCAUCAUGAGAGAUGUGCUCACGAGAGAGGGACCAUACGACACUGAGUCGAAGGACAUGGAUGUCACUGAAAUAGUGGAGAAAAUCAAAUACCCGCCAGCAAACGGGUCUCCGUUCCGUCCUCAAUGGCGCACCGAAAAUGACGACACCAGAAUAAGUGAUCUAUUUCAGGCAUGUUGGGCAGAGGAUCCAACGCAGAGACCCACAGCCAACUCACUGAAUACCAUCAUAACUAAAAUUAACAGAGAGAGCAGCACGGGCACAUGCAUCCUUGAUAACCUCUUGCAUCGUAUGGAGCAGUACGCUAAUAACUUAGAGGAGUUAGUUAGCGAGCGAACAGCAGCCUUCCUAGAGGAAAAGAAACGAGCUGAGACGCUGCUGUAUGAGUUGCUCCCUCGGAUUGUUGCUGAUCGUCUGAAAGAGGGAAAAGCUGUGGACCCUGAAUCCUACGACAGCGUAACUAUCUUCUUCAGUGACAUAAAAGGCUUUACCGAGCUGUCGGCCCAGAGCACGCCCAUGCAGGUGGUUACACUGCUUAACGACUUGUACACAUGCUUCGAUAGAAUCAUUGGACAUUUUGACGUUUAUAAGAUAGAAACUAUUGGAGACGCUUACAUGGUUGUUUCAGGAGUCCCUGUCCGUAAUGGCAAUGCGCAUGCGCGUGAAAUCGCCAAUAUGGCCCUGGCUUUGAUCCAAGAAGUAGACUCGUUCACGAUAAGACACAAGCGGGACAGGAAAUUGCAGCUACGGGUUGGCAUACACACUGGUCCAUGUGUAGCCGGUGUGGUUGGACUAAAGAUGCCGCGCUAUUGCCUGUUUGGAGACACGGUGAACACUGCUUCACGGAUGGAAUCAACUGGAGAAGCAAUGAAGAUACAUAUCAGCUCGGAGACGCGGGCUGUCUUGGACAGCUUUGACUGUUUCUUCAUCAAGUUACGAGGUGAUAUUGAAAUCAAGGGAAAGGGCACCCAUACGACCUUUUGGCUUCAAGGAAAAAUUGAGUCGCCUGCCUAACGACUGAAGUGUGCUUUUGGAGUUUUCUGGAUCGAGACAUAUUGAGGAAAUAGAGAGUGCAUUUUGACCUAAAAUGUCGCUUUGUGAAAUUGCGUUAUUCUUUUGUUAGGAAAAGAUCAAAUUCAACGUUAAAUUCUGAUCAGUCGAUCACGCACGAUGCUGUUUGGUACAGACUUUUCAGGGAGUCCUCGUCGAAAUUGGUCAGUGUUUGGUACCAAGAGGUCACAUAUAUGGUGGGUGUGAAGCUGCCAGACUUGUACGUGCUCUAAGAUGUACUUUUCCGUGCUAUUUUGAAGCAUUUGUUCCAUCCCGAGAAAAUAGAUUUCCAUUUUAAAAUUUUUAUUUCUCUAACUGUAAAAUAUUUAUCAACUUUUGAAUGAGACGACGUACGAAACGAAAACCACCCAUGUUUACUAAUGUUGAUCUCGGAUGUAUACAGCUUAGUCAGUCUGGUAAUUUUAAUGUACCCUUUUAUUAUUAUAGGUUUAAAUUUAUAAUUGUAAUUUAAAUUUUGUCUGGUUGUAAUGAAAUGUAAGAUUUUUUCCUGAUAAAAAUUCCGUUUUAAUGUAUUUUAAUCCUUGUAUAUCCCAUGCUUUUAAUGAUGGCCCAUUGAUUAUCACGCUAAAGGUAAUAUGGCGCUUUAUCAAGUAAAGAGCAUUAUCACUAUUAUUAUCACAGCUGUUAAAUAAUUAUAACUUAGAAAGAAAUCGGAUAUUAGAGAGACAUUUAAAUGUCUCCCUAAUGUCACAGUUCCAGAGGUAAAAACCAUAAAUAGGCCAAAAUUCGUUGGGGUAUGAUAAGGUAGAAUUGGGGCUAGGUGACAUUAAAGAUGGAACAAAUUUGUGCACAAAUCUGUGGGAAUGUCUCAAAAAGAUCUAUUUCCCGCACUAUUAUU